UCUGUUAGUAGUUUAGUGCAAUGCGCUCAUUUACGGUGUUGGUCCUGACGGCAGCUGUCUUCGGUACGGCUGUCGCUCAGUCGUCCCGCUCGGCUACCGACGUGGUUCUUGAUAUUUACAAUACCUGCCUGAAUGAUGUGAACUUAAAGUGUGUUAAAUCGAAGGCUCUGUCCUGGUUAAGUAAGGUGAGCGACCAAGAUGAAAUCAAAAUCACGGACACUCUAACUGUCAUUCGCACUGGAAUUGAUGAAGAGGAACCGACAGAGAAUCAGGAAGAAAAACGGUCGAACAAAGCCGCCUAUCUUCUGAAUAAAAUCGAUAGUUUUCUCUCGACCCACGCCCUGAAGAUGGGAGUCCCGGAAGUGUUACAAUCCGAAGAAGUCCGCGCUUACAUUCCGAACUCGUUGACAACGGGGGGAUUGGCUGAGGAACUGGUGGUUCCUCUUACGGAAGGAAAUGUUGCUGAAGGUCGUGGCUUUGUGAAAAAAGUCAUGAUACCUUUCUUGUUGGGAAUUAAGUUUAAAUCGACUGUUUUGGUUCCGGUGGCGCUCGCUUUGAUCGCUCUCAAAACGUGGAAAGCGAUGACGCUGGGAUUGUUGUCGAUGGUUCUGUCGGCGGCGAUGCUCAUCUUUAAAUUUGCCAAACCAAAGAUCGUAAACUACGAAGUGGUACACUAUCCUCCACCGCACGCCCACCACGUGGACCAUCACAUUGAUCAUCAUCAUUUGGCUCAACCGCACGUGCACUGGGAGGCACCGGCCGGGUGGAAGAAACGAUCGCUGGAUGCUCAGCAGCAAGCAUAUGCCGGUCAGCUAUAAGCUGUUUGUUGUGGUUUUCGCUAUGAUAGACUGUGUGCCGGUUGAUCCCAAAGUUGUAAUUUAUUUAGUUUUAAGA